UUGGUCUUUGGCGUGACACAUGGAAUCAGGUCGGUCUUCGAAAUUCUCAGAGAAGGAGAACUCUCUUCUCAAUGACUUGGUUAAGGAAGGAAAUGUGGAGCAAGAUUGCAGCCCAAUUCAACGCAGCAGCAAUUGGAAAAGUUCGGACUCCAUGUGAUCUGAAAAAUUGGUGGGUAAAUCCAAGCACAAACUCCACGAAAGACUCCGCACUACAAGAACACGGGCCCCAGGUUGCACACGGGAUCAGGCUGAAUGUGAAAUGGAGUCAGGCCCUGGGCGAAAAAUCCAAGCUCCCUCUUCAUACUGAUGAAUGUGGGUCCCAGGAUGCACAAAUAAUCAGGCAGAAUGAAGAAAUGAGUCAGGACCUGGCAGAUAAAGCCAGUCUCCCUCCUCAUAAUGAUGGAAUCAUUGGAAGCCAUUUCUUCGGUGCUGGUUUGUCAGUGGUCUCUAAAGAUGGCCAGCAGACUUUUGCUGAGGUCCCUGUGCAGCCUUUUACUGCCAAUGAAGAACUUGCUGCCACCAACACUAAUAUUGAUACGAAAGAAGGAAUCCUCUCUCCUCCGGUGGAAAGAAAGUUAUGUCAAACUCAGCUAAAGAUGUUGGAGACACAGGCCAAGAUAGAACAAGCCCAGUUGAAAAGCCUAGAAAGACAAGCCAGAAUUGAGGAGACUCAGUUGCAAAUCUUAAAAAGACAGACCAAAAUAGAAGAGGCCCAGUUAAGAUGCUUGGAGAGGCAGGCCAAGUUAAAUAAAGCCAAACUAAAGUUUCACGAUAUAAAGGCAAAACUAGAGGAAACCCAUUUGAGGAAUUUGGAGAGACAGGCCAAUAUUGAUGAGUCUCAAUUAAAUAUAUUACAGAGUCAGACUAAAAUAGAGGAAGCCAAGUCAAGGAUCCUGGUGGGGCAGGUUGAUAUGGAUGCCCUGCUGCAGAAGAUAAGCCAGCAUGUCCAAGUAAUCGCAGGCUACUGUGAAGUUCAAUCUUCCAAUAAAUCAGUUUGA